AAAAAAAAAAAAAGAAAGGAGGGGGAAAGAAAUCCCGUAAUUGACGAUAGGGGCGUGAAGUGCGAUUUAAGCGAAGUUUAUAAACAAACUAGUUGUUUUUUUAGGUUUGAAAACGUUUCGGAUAUCUAUAUUUGUGUCGUUAAAAUGGGAAACUGCCACACCGUUGGACCCAACGAGGCCCUCGUUGUUUCAGGUGGCUGCUGCGGUUCAGAUCAGAAGAACUAUGUUGUUGGGGGCUGGGCUUGGGCCUGGUGGCUCAUCUCUGACAUCCAGAGAAUGUCUCUGGAGGUUAUGACCAUCCUCUGUCGCUGUGAGAAUAUCGAAACCUCGGAGGGUGUUCCCCUGGAUGUGACAGGGGUGGCUCAGGUGAAGGUGAUGACUGAGAAAGAGCUGCUCGGUUACGCCUGUGAACAGUUCUUGGGAAAGUCUGUGAUGGAGAUCAAGAGCGUCAUCCUGCAAACCCUGGAGGGUCACCUGCGUGCCAUCCUGGGUACCCUCACUGUUGAGCAGAUCUACCAGGACAGAGACAGAUUUGCCGCUUUAGUGCGGGAGGUUGCUUCUCCCGACGUUGGACGCAUGGGCAUCGAGAUCCUCAGCUUCACAAUCAAAGAUGUUUAUGAUAAAGUUGAAUACCUGAGCUCACUGGGCAAAACUCAGACAGCUGCAGUGCAGAGGGACGCAGACAUCGGGGUGGCAGAGGCUGAGAGAGACGCAGGCAUCAGGGAAGCUGAGUGCAAGAAAGAAAUGAUGGAUGUGAAGUUUGUUGCCGAUACCAAAAUGGCUGACUCCAAACGAGAGCUGGAAAUGCAGAAAGCCUCCUUCAACCAAGAAGUGAACACAAAGAAAGCAGAGGCUCAGCUGGCGUAUGAGCUGCAGGCAGCCAAGGAGCAGCAGAAGAUCCGUCUGGAGGAGAUAGAAAUUGAGGUGGUUCAGAGGAAGAAGCAGAUCACGAUUGAAGAGAAGGAGAUUGACCGAACUGAGAAGGAGCUCAUCGCCACCGUGAAGAGACCUGCAGAAGCUGAGGCCUACAAGAUGCAACAGCUGGCCGAGGGACAGAAGAUGAAGAAGGUGCUGACGGCGCAGGCAGAGGCCGAAAAGAUCCGGUUCAUCGGUGAGGCAGAGGCGGCUUCUAUCGAAGCUGUGGGCAAAGCUGAGGCUGAGAAGAUGAGGCUGAAGGCUGAAGCUUACACGCAGUACGGAGAGGCAGCCAAGACUGCUCUGGUUCUGGAGGCUCUACCCAAGAUUGCCAGUAAGGUGGCAGCACCUCUGUCCAAGACCAAUGAGAUCGUCAUCUUGAGCGGCGAAGGAAGCCGCGUGACUGGAGAGGUGAACCGGCUCCUGGCCGAGCUCCCCGUCUCUGUGAACGCCCUCACUGGGGUGGACCUGACCAAGAUCCCUCUGCUCCAGAAGAUGGUCGGCCCACAGUGCCAAGCGGCUGUGUGAUGCAGCAGACAACCAGGCCUGAGAUGUGUAUCUGCCUCAAGCAUGGGAAGGUUUUUCAGUCAGAUCUCCCUCGUGCAACUGCCUUCAAUUCAACCACGAACACUUGACACCAACCAAUGGGUUGUUUUUUUUCUACUCUUUUUAAGUUCAUUUUACUGUUAUAUUAAAGAAAAAAACAACCUAUUUAAGUUCAGCUGUAUGGAAGCUUGUUUUUCUUCAGUUCAUCCCUUUUCUGCUUCAAUCUGUCUCCAAAAACAGAGACUUGAUUAAACAUGAUUAAAACAGAACCAGAGGUGUUCUGUAUUCUGCGGUGAAGCUGGAUCAGACUCCUCCCUUUGGGUGUUAGUUCACCUUUGGAAGCUGUGCGGGGAUGCAGCUCCUGCCUCCCCCUGCCUGCUUUUAAAGACGUCUUUAGCUUGUUUCUAACUCUGGUAAAUCCGCUCCAUCUGUGUAACUGUAAGACCUUAGCGGUCAUUAAAUCACUUGCGUGAUAAUCAUCACGUCACCCGUCUGGCUCUUUAGAUUACUGUCUGUUAAUUCUCCUUUCAACAGGCUUUCAGUUAAACUGGGGUUUUUCCUUGACUUUUAUCAGAUGUUUGAACGCACCUGCUAAGCAAACAGAAAGCCAUACAUAGCCUUAAAAAAGAGACCCUGCACCUCAGCUGGGGCCACUUAAACCUUUUCUAUUACCUCAAGUAGCAAACAUUAGACUGUCAGGGUCUGCAAUCAUUUUAGCUCUGCUCACUGUUAGCUUCCCUCUUCACCCUUUGAAAUGUUUACAUCACAAGCAACUGCUUUGAUGACGAAGCAGAAAUGAAAUGUCACUUCCUGGAUUUGUGUUUUGUUGCUGUUUGGUUUGAUUGAUGCGACAUGAGGCCCAGUAAAAGGUCCAGUUUCUAUUGGAUAAAUCGAUCCAGUUCUUCGCUCUGCUUCUUAUGUCAGACGGCGCUGAUUGUGAUAUAAAUGUGCUUGUUUUAAUAUCUUAGAAGAUUAGAUAUUCACUUCUUUGGUGUUAUCUUAUUUUAGUUUGUUACAUGACAGAAAUCUAAUUGUACAGCAUACAGUGAAUGUUUUGCUGCCUUUGUUUGUAUUAUUUUUCAGCGAACAGCUAAUGGAAGAAAAAAAAAAACACUUUGAGGAAUUUUAUGACCACUUUCAGAAUCUGUGACCUUGACACCUUUUCGUUCAUUUCGCCUCUGAGUUUUUUAGUCGGUGUUUUCUGUGAAAUAAAACCCUUUUGUUGUGUGUUUUGUUUUGAAGCGCCUGUGUUUUAUGGAGCGUUUUACGACCAGAACUGAUCCAGGCGAACCUGUUAAAUCCUGUUAUUUUCUCUCAUUUGUGUCGGCCAGUACUUUUAACGGACGUUUAGUUUCAGCCGUUUCCAGGAAGUGAGUCAUUCCGACCUGAAUGCAGCAGCCCAUUCAGGCUGAUGGAUAGUCUUCCCAUCAGUCACUCUGCUGCACAUUCAGUUACCGGCAGCUCUCUCCAUCACUCAACACUUCCAGUCACACCUCUUCAUUUUACAACUUGUAUGAAAACAUACUUAAAUAUGAAUAUAUUACAAUCUCUCUUGGAUUUGUCAUAUUUUAAACUUUGUGCAGGAAAAAAAAUAGUUAUUGCUCAGUUAUACUGAAAAGAACAGUGAGGAUCUCUUUGUAACGGAUUUAAAUGUAGGAAAUUAGAUUUCCUUAGUGCCUUUGUUAAAGUACCGAGCUUUCUGCUCUCUGUGCAGAUCGACUGUAUUCAAUACACGCCUCGAAGUUAUGAUGGGAUUUUUGUUAAUGUGCUUUCGCCUAAUGUUGUAGAAGAAAUAAACUUUAUUAUACAGUUAAAUGGUUAUCAAAUAAACAAACUAUAUACAUUAAAUAGCUUUUAUUUUCAAACUUUGACCUCAUUAGUUGUUUUGGCCAUUAUAUUUGUGCCAAAGAUUGCAAAUCCUAAUGUCUAAUCAGAUGCAACUUCUUGUGACUUAGUUUAGCAAUUGAGGAAAUCACCAAACAUUUUUAAACCUAUGCCUUAACUCCCAUGUUUAUCUCAAUCGUCUGUCUGUUGUAAUCUGUUCACUCUGUUAAUGUUUCAUUUAGAAAUAGUUCUGUGGCUUCUUCUCACGUACAGAUAACUGCAACGAGAGGUCAUGCUGCAUGGAAAGUUAAGCAUGUUGAUGUUAUUUGGUGUCGUGUCACCCUCGAAUAAAAACUUAUAUCACGUC